CGGUGGUUUUCAAAGCCCAAACCAAUACAUCAUUGAAACGUUGCAACAAAAAGCACGUUCAGAACAGAACCAUCUCAUUCAUUCAUUCUCUCUUUCGUGUUAUUGAGAGAGUAGAUGAUGCAUAGUAGAAGAAGUAACAAUGCCAAAACUCCCAACAACAAUGGUGGAAACAACAACAACAACUCAAACUCAAACUCUGCUUCUUUAGAAACUCCUAAUUGCUAUGAAGGAGAAUCUCUAAACAAUCUGCUCCAAUCAAUCCGGAGGGGGGUUGAAUCCACAAGACAUUUAGAUGGAAGUUCCUUGCCAGAGAAGAUAUGGAUAAAGCAACAAUUUGCUAUUGGAGUCAAUGAUGUAACUCGCGUCCUUGAGCGUAUGAAACCGUGUGCUGAGUUUGAAAGGUCAGCUCAACUCCUUCCAUCAAUCACAAGCAAUCAUAAAACAUCUUCAGUUAAACUUCAGGCUGUGCUUGUAGCUUCUGACUGUAAUCCACGAUGGCUGACAAAGCAUCUGCAAAGUUUGGCUUCAUCAAGGAGUGUGCCCCUGAUCUUUGUUAAGGAUAAUAAAGAAGGUUCUUUGAGAUUAGGUGAACUUGUUAAAUUGAAAACUGCCAUUGCUAUUGGAAUUAAGGUUAGGUUAAAGGAAACACUAUUAAUAAAGUUGUUGAGGAUGUUAUUAAAGUUGAUGCAUAUAGGCUUCGACCUGAUGGACCAAAUUCAGCUGGAAUAUUUGACAAUUUUCAUGACCCUGACAAAAAGGGAAAUGCUGUCAUAAAUGUAAUUUAAUCACAUAGGAUUAAGACCUAUUUUUGUCCCCAUAUUCUAAAGAUAUAGUUUUUUCUUUUUCUUUUUGGGGAUAAAAGUGUUUCAUAGCUUUCUACCUGUUACAUUUUCCAAAUUUUAAAGUUUGAGCAACAUAAUUCUUUGUAGUUUAUGAUGAUAAAUUAUUAUAUGAAUAGAGGAUCAAGCAAAGCCUUCUGAGUAGUUCUAAAUCAAUAAAUUG